AUGAGCGAUGACUCCUUUGGGCCGUCACGUUCGUCAGCCCGCGUCGGCCUCUUUGGCGUCACGCUCCGGCCGACGCGCCGACUGCCCACCUCCCCGUCACCUUCCCUCGUUACUUGCACCCGCCCGACGCGACCCCUGCGCGCACACGCGCCCUUGUUUGUCCUCCUUCUUCUCUCUUCGUAUCUACGUAAUCCAUCGUCUCACCCAGCCGCCCCUCCAGAUCGCCCCGGCGAUCUGCCGUCGCUCGCCGUCACGCCUGUCACUUCCUCAUAUCCACAACCGUUGCUGCCUGCAUUCAAACGUUUCCCCGCCGGCACUGCUCCCACUCUACCGGCUGCCGCAUCGGUCGUCCUGCGUGCGAGCACGAUCCACCGGUCCCAAUUACCCCCACAGUCCCCUUCCAUGCCAUUCCGAUGCAUUCCAUCACGUUCGGCCAUCUGGUCCGAGCCAUGCCGCCAUUCGACGUUUGCACCGUAA